GCCCAAAAGAAAACAAGGUCCAAACGACGUAGCUUUAAGAAGCCAAUAUAAAAAGCAUCUUUCUUCUAAGAAAUCUAGGGUUUCAUCGUCUCCGCUGAUAGCAUAGCAGCUCGCGCCUCCGUCUCAGACCUGCUCCUCCCUCUCAACCGAAAUCAUGGCACCCAAGAAGGCAGCUCCUCCUCCUUCAUCCAAGCCAGCCAAAUCUGGCGGUGGCAAACAGAAGAAGAAGAAGUGGAGCAAGGGAAAGCAAAAGGAGAAGGUGAACAACAUGGUGCUGUUUGAUCAGGGUACCUAUGACAAGCUCCUAACUGAAGCACCCAAAUACAAGCUCAUCACUCCUUCUGUCCUCUCUGAUCGUUUGAGGAUUAAUGGAUCACUUGCAAGGAGGGCAAUAAGAGACUUGAUGGCUAAAGGUUUAAUCAGGUUGGUGUCUGCUCAUUCAAGUCAGCAGAUUUACACCAGGGCUACAAACACCUAGGUGUGAUACUGAUUUUAAGUUGCAGAGUAUCAGUAGAAGUUGCUAUGUAAUGUUAUUUUCUACUUUGAGAUGCACAUUUUUCAAGCUUGUAUUAGUUUUGCUGAAUCCAUAGCCGGAGAUUCUUUUUAUAUCGUUUAUUUGACAUCUAUCUAUGAUCGUUUUUGGAUUGGAUUUGUGGCAGUUUUAUUCUGAUCUAUUUUAUUAAGUCAAACUGCUUUUGUUGGA